GUGGAAUACCUGCCACCCCCCAGAGCUGGUGCGCCCCACGCUGGAGAAAACCCUGAAGAUCCUGCAGCUGGACUACGUUGACCUCUACAUUAUUGAGCUGCCAAUGGCUUUCAAGCCUGGAGAUGCAAUCUACCCAAAAGAUGAAAAUGGAAAAAUUAUCUACCAUGAGACAGACUUAUGUGCCACUUGGGAGGCUAUGGAAGCAUGUAAAGAUGCAGGCUUGGCAAAGUCUAUUGGAGUAUCCAAUUUCAACCGCAGGCAGCUGGAGAUGAUCCUGAACAAGCCAGGACUUAAGUACAAACCUGUCAGCAACCAGGUUGAAUGCCAUCCCUAUUUCACCCAACCCAAACUCUUAGAAUUUUGCAGACAACAUGACAUUGUUAUUGUUGGAUACAGCCCACUGGGAACUUCAAGGGAUGAAACAUGGGUAAAUGUGUCUUCACCUCCUUUACUGAAGGAUCCUGUACUGAAUGCCAUUGGCAAAAAGUACAACAAGACAGCUGCACAGGUUGCUUUGCGUUUCAGCAUCCAGCGAGGGGUGGUGGUCAUCCCAAAAAGCUUCAAUCCACAACGCAUCAGAGAGAAUUUCCAGAUCUUUGACUUCUCCCUCACUGAGAAAGAGAUGAAAGAAAUUGAAGCCCUGAACAAAAAUGUUCGUUAUGUGGAACUGUUAAUGUGGCGUGACCAUCCAGAGUAUCCCUUCAGUGAUGAAUACUGAAAACAAGGUGUGUCCGGGCAGGUUCCUAACUCGGUGCCAUUAGGCUUCGCUGAAAGUGACCCAGAGUUUGGUGCUUUGACUUCAUGGGAGACUGUUCAAAUCAGCAUUAAAAACAUGACAUUUA